AUGUUGAACCGCGUGUUGAAGGAGGUCAAGUUGCCCUUCCCGGAAGCUUUUUUCCCCGAAAUGACCGUGUCAACCUCUUGCUCGGACGAAUUCCACGCCUCGGCCUCGCACUUACUCAGCGAAACGUUAGACGCCGAGUGGACGGAAAGCACGUGCCACCCCACGCAGCAAUCGGAUCAGUGGAAAAUCAUUGGCAACCGCAAUGGGUUACAAGUGUACCGGGAACGAGGGUUCACAAAAGGUGAUGCUGUCCAAGUGACGGCUAUGGGUCACGUCACUGGGUUACUGGAAGACGUGCUGCUUGGACUUUAUGCUUCCACCACGGGGGCCCUCAAGACCCAACGGGCCAUCAUGCACAAAGACUACCUGGAUGCAGCCGUGCUGCAUGUUUUGGAACAAGACCCGUACAGCGAAUACGACACGGGCUUCUCGUACCGCUUUGAAGGGCUCAAGUGGCUCGCCUGUGCGCCAGCUGGGAAGAUGGUGCACAAGCGGGACUUGUGCUGGCACGAGGAACUUGGACGGACGCUGGAUGCCAAUGGGAACAAAGUCGGGUACCUCGUCAUGCAAUCGGUGCAGGUGAACGAGUGUCCGACAUUCGAAGCCCAGGGACUGACCCGCUCAAAAGCUUCCGUGUGCUACAUCUUCCGGUCCCUGCCACAGAACCGGGUGGCGGUUUACAUGCGAGGACGACAUGCUGUCGGAGGCAAGGCGAGAAGCUGGAGUGCCGACCCAAUCAUGGCGGAACUUUGGCUCGGAGUCGCGAGUGCACUGGAAUGUGCAACUGCAAAACGAUUGUCGACCCUCGUGAGCGCCAAAGACAGGAUCCUCACGAAUGCCCAGAGCAAAACAUGUGCGUUCUGCAACUCGAAGCUCAAGACGCUGAAAGCGAGCCAGAACUGCAAGAUCUGCGGCAAGAGCGUCUGCGAACGCUGUCGAGUGGCAAAGAUGAUUUACCCGUCCCGCAAUACAAGCAGCUUCCCGUGCAGCUACUUUUUCUGCAGACCGUGUUUGAGUAACACUAAAGAAAAGUUGUACGGACGCUCUGGUGCUCGUGGGAGCUUGGAUCAAGAAGAUGGUUCGGGACUGUCGGGAUCGAAUUGGUCAGGGUCACCUCGCUACGCGCACACGCACUCAACUGGCAGGUCAGGAGUCAACACAUUACCCGAUCCGGUUGCAUUGCAGCGGCAGCGGGUCCCAUCGUCACGUUAUCAAGCUGGAUUAACUGCAAAGUUUUCUUUCAGAGGACAUGGGAUGUAUCCGUUGACACCAACCAGUUACUCCAGUGCCCGAUCUACCGUGUCAUCUGAGCCUUCCAUGUCGCUUUACAGCACGCUAUCGACGAAUUCGGGUGGUAGCCCAACGAACGACAAUGUCAAUACUGCCAAGCGAGUGCCAAGUACGCGAGGUUGCCAACCAAGUCAACCAUCAGGUUGGUCAGCGAAGAACCCGACAGCAGCAAAUAUAUCCAGAGAACAGCGCACGACCAGCGAUUCUGUGCGGCAUAUGGCCUACGGCAAUAGCUAUGUGCCAAGUCAGCACGCUAUAAUUCGUCCAGGCAAUCACUCGUUCAACGAUAGUAGAUAUGUUGGCAGCCAGUCGGUUGACAGCACAUAUGACAUCGAGGGAACCGGGACAUACUGCGGUCGCGGGUUCCUUAGCGAUGAUAGCGAUAUGAGUGAUGAAUCCUCGAACGAAGAGGAUGAACACGCCAUCAGCCGCAAGGAUCGACGGAGACGAAUGAUCAGCACUUAUGACGCUAAUGAAAGCGGCGUGAUCGAGCUCAGUCGUGAAUCGGAUUUCACGAGCGAUUCGGUGAAUGAAGUGGAACCGGUGGAUGUGUUUGAGAACGACAAGCUCAAGUACAUCAACUCGUUUCGCUCGAAUGAAUCGGCAGUGGCUGCAGUCGGCUCAGCAGGUGGCGUCACAUCGUAUUCAAAUGGUUCCAAAGAGCAGGAGAACCUCCUGGAGAGACUCAUCCAGAUCAACAUGGCGGCCGAAGCUACGUAUUUGAUGACCAAGUAUAACUCCAGUAUCCGUAGUGACUCGAUGCGAUAG